GAAAGCGUCACUCGGUGGAAACAGUGAGGACAAUGAAACGAACUUUUUAAGACUAAAAACCUCUCCAAGGAAUUGCUCUGCGAGGCUAUUAUAAGUGUCACACAUCUAGCGAGUUUUAUAGUUUUCUACAAAAAUUGAAUCAAGAUUCAAGCAACAUGGAUUUGUUUGAAGAGGAAGAUUGUAAUCAAAAUGAUGAUUUGAUAAGCUCUGGGACUCCAACAGAAGAAAUGAUAAAUGAAAAUUUUGACUUCAAGCAAAAUUCACCUUUUCAAAAAGAAAUUAUUUUCAACAAACUUCUUCCGUAUGCUGACAAACUUGAUGAUGAGGCUGAUAUUUUACUUGCAAAAGUUAAAGCUAAUUUAGGACGAAGCGUUAUGCUAAGAAAAAUUAAACCUGAUUGCCUUGUAUGGUCAAAUAUGUUACACAAGUAUAUGAUUUUGUAUGAUUUGAGAUUUACAAAAGAAGAUCACAUAACAUUCAUCAAACUGAUGUAUGAAUUAGUGACUAUUCCAAACUUAGAGUCCUCUUUAAUUGGUGUUUUUGGUUAUCGAUUGUACUUACUUCUUAGAAAAGUAGAUUUAAUAACACCUGACGAAUUGGAGCUGCCAUGGAGGCCUUUAUACAAUUUAUUUAUGCAAGUGAUGCCAAAACCAUUGCAAAUUUCUUUAUAUCAUUACCCCAGUAAUUUGAGGAACUUAUUAGAGUCUAUUAUAUGCGUAGCAAAAUGUUAUUUUCCUUUGACCGCAACACAAGAGAUAUUAGAUGAACUAAGACCUAAAAUUUGCCCAUUCAACAUUCCUACCAUGCCAAUAGUUAUAAAAAGCUUUGAACUAUUUUUACCAUUACAGCUGAGUGAACAAUACAGUUCAUUGGGAUAUGAAUUAUGGUUUGAUGAAUUCAUGAAAUUGUGGCAAGUUUGUAGUUCUAAUUCGCAUACAUGGGCUGGCAGCAUGAUGCAAUUAAUGGCUAAAUUAGCAUGUAAUAACAUUGGGUACAUUGAUUGGGAACCUUAUAUACCUCUAAUGUUUACGAGAUUCGUUCAAAGCUUUCACUUACCAGUUUACUACAAAAAAAUAGCUUAUCAAACCAUAAGCUAUAAAGUUGGUUCUAAUGGUAUUAGUCUUUGGAUAUCAUCAGUUUUAGGAGGCCAAUCUAGUGCUCAAAGUUACUUGGACAAGUUCUUAAAAACUGUAGAAACUUACUUUCAUCCUGCAAAUUAUGGCCACUGGCUAAAAAAGCUUGGCCAAUUGUUUGUCAAUAUUUUGUAUUGUGUAGUAAUCAGAAUCAAUAGAGAGCGCAACACAUGGAAACCAACGUGGAAAAAACCAAUUCCAGAAUUCUAUAAACUAACUGACUCUGACAUUGAUGCAUUUGUCAGUAGUAUGAUGCCCAUUAUAGAACUCGGCAUAUUUAAUAAAAGGUGUUCACAGAUUUUUUACAUCGCUCUUCAUCACUUAGCGAUUAUGAGACCAAACGUUGUGAUACCAAAGAUAUUGGAAAAAGUAUAUCCUACUCUUAAUUCUGAGAUUGAACCUCACAAACUUAUCACUUCUCUCAACUGCAUGGUCUCGAUUUCGAGACCACUUGUUCAAGGUUCGCGUAUUCCCGAUAAAGCCUAUGCAUUUCACGAAGGACCUCAGCACGUACUACCGAUUCUCUUCACAUCGCUUUCGGGCAUCGAUCCGAAUGAUUUAAAUAAGUGCAUGGCAACAUUUAAUCUCAUCGCUACGUAUGUCACGAUGGUACCGAUAGCUGAUUGUUCAAAAACCACCGCUGAGUUAACUGAAGAAGAACGCGAGGUAUGCGCUGAGACUUCACGUUUUGAGGACUUUGUGUUGCAGUUCAUGGAUAAGGUGUUUGUGUGGAUUGAUUCAAGUUCUGUUGAGACUGUUCGUUUAGAGAAUCAAACCGAUGGCAACGGUAAAAGUCGUUCGGAAGCUAUGGCUGAGACUGCACUCAGUCGAGUAUUCCUCACACUUUUGGAGCAAUGCAGCCAUAGCAUAUUUGUUAGUGCCCUGAACAAACUCAAGUCGUUUAUCGUGGAACACGUCCUGGAGACACAAGUCGCUGGUCAAAUGGUUGCAACCUUGUGCAAAGUGUUUACCGCAGUCGAUAGUCACGAGACGAUGAAAGCUCUGUUUCCGUUUUUGUCGGAGAAGGUGCUCGACGCGAUAGGUGAAGGCGACGAAGUUAUCAAAGCAGAACAUCUUGACAAUCAAUUGCUUUAUCCACUGUUACUUCUCAAUCGAUUGGUUGCCACCCAAGGUCACGUACUAACGCUUUAUAUGGAUACUCUAUUCAAAGUUAUCGACAAGGCUGUUACGCUGAAAUCGCGUGAAGGCAAUUUGCUUGGUUGUUUUAUAAUGAAUAACGUAUUAAUGUCGUUGUCGAGCAGCGCGCAUAUCACCGACGAUCGAAAUCUCGACGAUCCGCAAUAUCCUUACAUCAAAGAUUGGGGACAAACGGUGAAGAUCGCCGAGGUGAAGCUUAAGUUUACGAUGCCUGGUCCCGAUGAUUAUGCCGUACUGCAAGUGGUCUUCGAGAGAUACUUCAUGCCUGCUGUCGCUGCUAUUGAGAAUUAUAUCAAAACAGGAAAUUCAUUGUCGAGGGAAGAGUUACAAGUGACGUUGCGAGUAAUUUACAAUGUCAUCGAUGGUUGCGAUUCAGCUUUGCCGUUCUGGUCGGAGCCUCCGUUGAUAGUUCAGUCACAUGACAUUUGUCUCGAACCCUUUGAUCCUAUCACGUUGAUCACUAGAGGCAACAUAAAAAUGCCCGAUGGUGGCAAUGUUCGAACGUACCUCGUGAAUCUUAUGACCAAAUUGCAGGAAAUAAUGUCGGAAAACGUUGAAGACGACACGAAAAGCUUGACGAUUCUACAAUUGAUCUGGCAAAAUCUUCUUCUCGGUAAGCUGCGAACGGCAGUCGAUUCAUCAUUCAAAUUCUCUACAAAUUAUUGUAUAUCAAAGCGAUUAGUUGAGAACAAAAUAAUUGGUAGUAAAGGUUGGUUCCCAAUGCUCGUUAUAGCUCGCGUCAGUGGACAACAUCAGAUACGCAGAAUGUGUCGUACACCAGUGUUCACCGAGACCCAUAAGACUAUCUUGAUGAAUAUUAUGAAGCUGAGUACUAGUCAAUACAGUAGGAUAAGAUCGAAAGCUCAAGAUAUGAUUCAGAUAGCUCUUGGUUAUUUCCCUAAUGUUUAUCCAGUUUUGUUACCCUAUAUCACUAAUAUAUUGCAGAAAGACCCUACUGUCCACCAUGAUGCCUACAAAGGAAUUUUAUAUUUGCUGGUACAAAGGAUUAAUCGUCAAGAGCCCUUGUUAGUCAAGCCAGACUGGGAGUUCCUUAAAACUUUGUGGCCUGUUUUGGUGUUAUCCCAGCCAUCCGAGAAGCCGUCUGUCAUUCGUUUGAAAGAUGUUAUCAUCGAUAUUGUUGUCGAAUGUUUUUAUACGACCAAUCUCAAGCUAGAAAUUCCCGACUCUUGCGUAUCCAUAGCUGCGAAUUUUUGGAAUAGUAAAAUGAAUAUUCCAGAUGCACCACUGCCUAAAGAGGAAGAAGUGAAGGAAGGAAUCAUCGAAUUGAAGAAAGAUGGAGAGAAAAAUUUGAAAGCUUACGGUGAAAUCGUAGACAUAUUGUUCAAACUGCUACUCGAGAAGAAUUUGCAUUGGCGCCAUAGGAUAAUGGCUAUAAACUUUCUUUAUAUUUUGAUACAUCCAGAGCAAGUCUUUCCACCUCAAGUAUUGCGUUACUUUUUGCGUUCUUUGAUUAACGAAUCGAUUGACGAGAGAAAGCUUGCAGUGCGAACUAUCAUGUAUCUUCUCAAACAGAUCAAAAGAAAAUACGCGAAGAUAAAUAUCGAAAUUCCAAUGAGCACAUCUAGUAAUAUCCAGCCUGGCUAUCGAUCAGACAACGCGUGGCUCCAGUACAACUAUGAGAAUCGACCAAUCGACUCGACUUCUUGGGAUCAACUUCGCUAUGUGCACAAAAAUGAUGUAGGAUAUUACGUCUGGCCACAAGAACUUCUGGUUUAUGCACCCUCAUCGGAAAAAUCUCACUUUGAUCACAAUAAUCUGACAGCUCACGAACGCGAAGUAUACGAGUUCUUCAACGACCAGCAGAAUGUAGACAAACUAAUGAAAUAUUUAAGUCUUGAGGGGGCAAAAGGUCGUUCGCUGAAAUUCAACAAUGGACGGAUGUUCCUCUUCAAAUAUCUUUUUCGUAACCACGGAGAUGCCUUCCUGGAUAAGUUUUUGUUGCAUUUAGAAAAUUUCGUUGCCGAUAAGAAGCAGGAAAGCGCUCAAGUGUGCGCAGCCGAGAUAAUUUGUGGUCUGAUCAGUGGCUCCAAACAUUGGCCUUACGAGAUGAGCGAACGCACUUGGAUCCGAUUGUUACCUAUUAUUCGAAAAGCACUGAGCAAUCUCACCGUGGAAACUAUCAAUGAUUGGACUGUUGGAAUCACAUUGUCGACCAAAGACAGAGAUCCGAACAAGCUGUACUGGCUGCUCGAGUGUCUCAUGGAAGAGUCACCAUUGGGCCAAGCCGAAGCGUCGUUUCGCGAGUGUGGCAGAUUGACGAUUCUUCAAGGUGCUCUAGUAUCGUUAUCUUGGCGAGUAGAAGAAUUAUUGCAUAGACUACUGUUACACACGGAAAAGAGACUAGAAGAGAAUCCAUUGCAAAAUGUUCGCGAACGUGUCGCUUCGAUUCUCAGUACGAUUUUCAGAUCGAAGCUUAAGUUUGGAGACGAGACAGUUAUCGCUGGUAGACCGGAUUUCAAUGCAAAUCAGUUCAUUGACAAGAUAUUUCCCCGACUGCAGUCGUUAUUGGAAGAAGACUCGCUUGUAUCUAUGAAAAAAGAGAUCAGAGAAACGCAUUCACCAAAGAAAACUGAUGAGCAACUUGUGCAAACAUUACAGACAGUACACGAUUCGAAACUCAAGCUGAGUUCCGAGAUAUCGGUUGUUAGCCAACCCAAUCUUGAUUCCAGCAAGUUACAGUCUUUGAUGGAAAAUCUUUCAAUUGUUGGCGAGUUGAAAGGUGAUAAUGCUUCGUCGUCACUUGCAGUGGAUGACAAAAUGUUGCAAAUGCAAAUUAAGUCAGAUAUAUUAGUUGAUACUAACUCAACGCAAAAUACAUCCGUAGAAUUGCUAACACCACCGAACGGUACGGAUGAAAAACGCGAGAAAAAUAUUCGUUUGUUAAAGACUGUAUGCCGUUGGAUACUGGAGAUGGUAAUGAUAUCGGGGUUGGAUUCAUUGUCAAGCUUUUACCGUGUUUAUCCCAUCAUGGCGCAACUUGAAAGCAAUGACAAGGAUGAGGGUUUGUCAAUGGCAUGCACACAUUCUAUGGCUGUGUUGGCUGGAACACUCACUCUACCCGAACACGUGCCUUCAGUUCUCGACGCCAUACGCACAGUUUCACAAAGUGCAUCAUGGUCGGCGAGAGCCAGUUGUUUGGAUUUCAUGCAGGUGCUCGUGUUUAAUAAUAUGAGCAUUUUACUGAGUGACAGAGACUGGAUCAAGGAUAUCGAAAAAAUAGUAUUAAAGUUGCUUGAGGACGAGAGACUGGAAGUAAGGCAGAAGGCUGGUCAGCUGCUUGGCGGAUUGCUGCAUUGUACCAUUUUACCGGACCAGGAACUCCUUUUGGAGGAGUUUAAAAAGAAAGCGAAAACGAAACUUGGAAGAAAGAAAAAGGGCUCGUCAAACGACAAGGAGGAACUAGCGGAAAAUGCGAAAAUGUUCAAUGCUGUUCGUUUACGUCAUGCCGGUGUUCUUGGAAUGUGUGCUUUCGUGCAAGCUCACCCAUACGACAUUCCUAAGCAUAUACCGCCAAUUUUCGAAUGCCUCAGUUUUAAUCUUAAUGAUCCUGAACCGAUUCCUGCUACUAUUCGCAAAACUCUCAACGAUUUUAAACGUACGCAUUGUGACGGAUGGACAGGUCUACAAGGCUUGGCAGAGCAUUUCACCGAGGAGCAAUUCGCGCUUAUGCAAGAUUUAACCGUACCGCCUUCAUAUUACGCGUAAAACAUGAAGCGAUACUUGGAGGAAAUUAUUUUUUAUGACGACUAAUAAUUGACAAUUGUGAUGUAACCGUGUGAUCGUUCGAUUGUAUAUUUUGACGACGAUAAGAUAUAUAAUGUUGUAUAAAAAAUUGACAAGACAGGAAACGGAGAUAGUAAAUAGAAAUUUAUAAAUUUAUUUUGUAUAAGUUUGUUUCCUUUCGACGCGAUAAUUGUGAUACUUAUAGUUCAAUUUCUAUAAUAUCCAAGCGAGAUAACUACUUUAAUCGAUGUUUUUUUUAACUGCAAAAGCAAAAAUUUGAUAUUAGACGAAAACAAGAAUAUUUAUUUUAUCUUGUAAAUAUAAUGGAGUAUUGACAACGGCAGAUGGGUACUGUAUACUGAACGUUUUCGUUUGUAUCAUUUUUAAGAGAAAUA